AUGGCGGCCAACUGGAGUGUCCAGCUUUGCUGUGUUGACGGUGGAUCUGUGCCCGUAGAAUCGUUUCUUGAGUGUGGUCUUGGUUUCCCCUACGUAUUGUACCCUACAAACUCUGCAAGUGAUGAGAUAUACAACAUUAGUGGUAGUGCAUGUGAUGUUACCCUUGGUCCGGUGCCAUGCUGUGUCCAAAGUAUCUCGAAUUCUUUGAAGAUCGUGUGCGGAAAGGAAAGAGAAGACGACGAAUGGAACCCAUGGCUGACGUAUACCCUAGAAGAACUCAAACCAUCUGAACUUUCAAACCUGGGUAUCACCUUGCUUUACGUUUCAACUGCGAUGCGAAUGACAGCAUGUGGAACACCAGACCCAUGCCUAAAUGGAGGUACCCGCAUCGUAGAGGACGGUGUUUAUCGAUGCCUGUGUGCAGGGAAUCACGUUGGACAAUACUGCCAAUCUUGCCGAGUAGACUGGAAGUUGCCUCCACAAAGUGAUUUUUUCUUCUCUGCUUUGGCUCCUCUCUUUGGCAAAACCAGAAUUUCAUUCAAAGUGCGAGGAAGAACUAGAUAUAUAUCAAUGAAACUCAAAAGUCGAUAUUAUGCCGUUUUUGGGGUGUGCAUUGGCAAAUAUCGACAGGCGACCAUAAACAUGAUGAAGGAUGGACAGCGGGCCCCAACCAAAAAGUCUAAUCCCCUUCCUGUUCAGUGUGACCCAUCAGGAUUCGAUUCCUAUUGGAUUGAAAAGACCAACAGCCAUUUCUUCCAGCUGGGACUUGGUGGGAACUCGACUCCGGUUGUGAAGAAACUCUGGGACAGAAAAGAGGUGGCACUGUCAAUAGGCUUGAGUGUAAAUUCUGGGACAGAGUGGAUCGUAGAUCAUCCUUGCUUUCAUUAGCAAAGAAUUUAUAGAUAAUUUAGAUAACCUUAACAAAAUACAGAACCGGCAAACAUCACCCGCAUUAUCACCAUUAUCCUACACUUCAUCAGCAUCCCCAUAUCAC